AUGAUUACUAAGGCAGAAAAAAAUGGAUUGCCAAGUGGCAAAAUAGAGCCGAACGAAACACCCGAGGAGGCUGCUAAAAGAGAAGUUUUUGAGGAGACUAAUUUAAUAAUUGAGAACUUAAAAAUAGUUGCCGAAAAGGUUUUUUCUGGAAAAAAUCAGAGCCAUACGGGUUAUCUUGUUAAGGCUAAUAAAUACUCGGGGGAGAUAAAAAUCAAAGAAUUAGAGAAGAUUACUGAUAUUAAAUUUAAGCAAAUAGAUUAUGAAUUUGCUAUCAACAGGCUUUUUUUUGCUAUUGCCUUUUGA